AUGUAUGUCACCGGGCCUUUAGUUGAGAAUGGCUUUCUUCUACAGUUCCAGAAUAAGGAGACAGGAAAGUGUCUUGAUGCCGUUUCACCCGAGAAAGAACAACCCAAACUGUUUGGCUGCCAUGGGCUCGGAGGAAACCAGUACUGGGAGUUUACCAGGGCGGGGGAGGUGCGGUUCGGUUCGGAAGGAAAACUGUGCCUUCAGACGGCUUCAUUAUCUUCCACUGACAUCAUCACUAAGAAAUGCGCACACAGGUUCUCCAAUGACCAACCUUCUAAACAACAGAGAUGGUUCUUACGGAACGCCACGGUGUUGUAUCACCCGCUGACUGACCUGUGUUUGGAAGGGACUGCCUCUGGUCUGAACAUGGCGCCGUGCGAGGAUGCGAACAGACAGAUAUGGUUACUGCAGAACCUAGAAUCAGCGAAGACUUAA